AUUUUAGAUGCCUAUAGCGCCGAAAGAUUCCACGAUGUGCCCAUCACUGCCCUCGACAAAAUAGCGAUUAUAUAUUUACGACUUGUAUAACUUCUAUAUUAUCCGCAGAGAAAUAUACUUUGGAAUUAAUGAUUUCUAGUUGACGAUCGAUAAAUAAAGUCAGGAUGAGCAGGUAUUAGCGGAAGGGGUUUGAUAAUUAGUCAUGCCAGGUUUAGAAGAAAUUAUUUCACGCGACACCAGUCCACCUACGCACAGCCUAAUGUCCGAUGGAAUCGGCUCUGAGCAAGUGAAGAAAUUUUUGUUUACCUCCCAUAAAACUCAGGAUAACGUGCAGUGCAACGAGAGCCUAGAAAUUUAUAUCCCGGAGCUACUCCAAGCUAAUUAUAGCUUUUAUACCUGGCCCUCUGCACCUGUGUUAGCCUGGUUUCUUUGGGAACAUAAAGAAGAGCUCAUCGGGAAGAGAGUUCUAGAGCUAGGCUCGGGUACAGCUCUUCCUGGGAUCUUAGCUAGUAAAUGCGGUGCUGCUGUGACUUUAAGUGAUUCAGCUAGUUUCCCCAGAAGUCUGCAGCAUAUACGAAGAAGCUGCGAACUGAACGGUAUUUUGUCUCAGGUCCAAAUCGUGGGAAUCACGUGGGGACUGUUUCUCUCUAGUCUAUUCACCAUCGGUCCAUUAGACUUGAUACUUGGAUCCGAUUGCUUUUACGAGCCAGCGAUAUUCGAGGACAUCGUCGUUACCGUUGCCUUUUUGUUAGAAAGAAAUCCGGGUGCCAAAUUUCUAUGUACUUACCAAGAGAGAAGCACGGACUGGUCUAUAGAACAUCUUCUUAACAAAUGGAAUCUUACCUGCACUCAUAUAUCGUUAGCCGGACUCGGUGCGGAUUCUGAUAUAAAUAUACAUGAUUUAAUGCAGGAUCAUACGAUUCAUCUGCUCAGUAUACAGCGUGCAGUUUGAAUCACCUGUUUGUCAUGA